UUCUGAUGAUGCAGUGAUAUGCAUGCAGAAAUAACGGUAAAAGACUUCUUCUUCUUCUUCUUGUGUCGUCUUCUAUGGAAGGUUGGCGAUCACUUCUUUAAACGCAUUUCUAUCUUUUGCAACGUGAAAUAUCUCUUCAACACUGAGGUUAGUAUCUCUGAUAUUGUUCAGCCAAGAUUUCUUCUUUCUUCCCAAGCCUUUUUUUUUCUUCUACUCUUGCUUGCAUGAUGACGUGUCUAUCUAUCUAUUUAUCUAUCUAAUUAACCUUCUUCGGUCCAUCUUUGGAUAUACGCCUCCCCAAUACUUUACCAUUCUUCUCUGUCUGUCGUUACAGUCAUCCAUUUAGAGCCCACGUGCUUUUUGAUAUCAUCUGUCCAUCUCAUUGGGGCCUUCCUCUACUUCGUUUAUAUUCCCACGGUCUCGAUUUUAUAAAAAUUGUGUUCCAUUGGUCUUCUUUUUGUCUUAAUUUGUGUCUGGCAAAUCUCCAUUUCAAUUUUGCAACUUCUUGUCUAACAUCCCUAACUUUUGUUUUCUCUCUUAUCCACUCGUUUCUUAUAUCCAUUAGACUUGUGUACAACAUUUGUCUUUCCAUUGCUCUUUGACCCCAACAAAAAUAGUCGGGAAUUUUGCCGUGUCAGGGAAUUUUGUCGUGUCAGGAGGUCAGGUUUUAAUCACCUCAAUUUGUUUAAUCCAACUCUGUAGUAAUAACCUAAUUAAGCAAUCUAUAAAUAUCACAAUUUUUUAUGUUUAGUUAACUAAUUGUUUGUGUAUGCGAGAAGAAAGAUGAUACCUCCUACAUAUAUAUCGACUUUUUUGUUGGUGUGCUUGAUAAUUAGCAUUCAGGCUGGAAUCCUCUAUCCAAAAGCAUCAAAAACGAGAGACCUUCAAUAUUUGGAUGGAUUGUGGUCUUUUUCUUUAAAUGCCAGUGCCUCUAGCCAGGAACUUUCAGGCAAUCCUAAUGACAAAGACAUUCAUUUAAUGCCAGUACCAUCCAGCUAUAACGAUAUUCUCACCAGUAGUGAAGGCAGAGAUCACCUAGGAUCAGUAGUGUACCAAAGAAGAUUUAUUGUGCCAAGCACUUGGACACGAGAGAGAAGAAGGAUUUGGUUAAGGUUUGGUUCUGUAUGUUAUUCUGCAAAAGUUUACGUUAACGAAAAAUUUGCCUUUGAUCACUCAAUUGGUCAUCUACCAUUUGCUGGAGAAAUAACCGAUUUGGUGAAUGAUGAUGAAAACACUAUUAAAGUUAUUGUGGACAAUACACUUACAUCAACAACUAUUCCUCAAGGAUCUGUUUCUACAUUACCAGGUGGAAGAAAAGCUCAAAGGUACUCUUUUGAUUUUUUUAACUACGCGGGAAUUGAUAGGCCCGUAGCUUUGUACACUACCUCCUUAACAUACAUUGAUGACUUAACGAUACACACUUCACUUAAUAAAACAACAGGUAUUGUCUCUUACAAAGUAGACCUACAUAGAGACGAAAAUAGUAAAAAUGCUUUAAUAAGUUACAAUGUCACAGUCCUAGAUAAAAAUAAUAAUAAAGUUGGUGAAAAUGUGGAAGCUAGUGGUCAUAUAUUGAUUCCAGAUGCACAUCUUUGGUGGCCGUACCUAAUGCAUGAGAAUGCUGGUUAUUGUUAUAGGUUAAAAGUAGAUAUUUUUGAUUCUUCAGAUACACUAAUAGACAGUUAUACUCAACACGUUGGUAUACGAGAACUAUUUUGGAACAGCACCUCUGUCACUAUAAACGGAAAACCCAUCUAUAUUAGAGGAUUUGGACGCCAUGAAGAUUCUGAUAUCCGUGGAAAGGGUCUGGAUUUACCUUUGAUCAUAAGAGACCAUAACUUGAUACGAUGGAUUGGGGCUAAUGCCUACAGAACGUCGCAUUACCCCUACGCUGAAGAAAUUAUGGAUUUGGCAGACGAACUGGGAAUCAUGAUAAUUGAUGAAACGUCAGCAAUAGACAUACACAACAUUAGUGACGAACUAUUGAAAAAUCAUAAACGAGCAAUCACAGAACUUUACAACAGAGAUAAAAAUAGACCUGGGGUAGUUAUAUGGUCCCUCGCAAAUGAGCCAAGAUCUCAAAAAUCUGAUUCGGCUGAUUAUUAUAUGUCAAUUGUAAAUCAUAUGAAAUCUUUAGAUAAAACUAGACCUGUAACUAUAGUGAAUAUGAAUAGAAAUUGGGAUGACUAUUCACAACAAUUUGUCGAUGUAAUCUUCUUCAACCGUUACAACGCAUGGUAUAUGAAUACUGGUGCAUUAGAUACAGUGGUGACUGAAGUUGUGCAAGAAUGUAAACACUGGCAUGAAUUACACAACAAGCCAGUAGUGAUAGCGGAAUAUGGUGGCGAUGCAAUGGUGGGCCUUCAUGAUUUACCAGCAUAUGCUUGGUCAGAAGAAUACCAAGCUAAACUAUUGAGCGAACACUUUAAAGCAUUCGAUCAAUUAAGGAACAAGAGUUGGUUCAUAGGGGAGAUGAUAUGGAACUUUGCAGACUUCAACACUGCUCAAAGUUUUCAAAGGGUUGGAGGUAACAAGAAAGGAAUAUUUACGAGACAGCGACAACCUAAAGAAGCUGCCCAUUUGGUUAGGCGAAGAUAUUGGGCACUCGCUAAGAAACUGGAUAAUGCAACGAUUCCUUCAGAUCUAGAAGAGUAUUUUAUAGAUUAUUAAAAAAUGUUAAUAAGAAAAUAAACGAUUUUAACCUGU